AUGGGAUACCAACGUUUCUUACUGCAAAAUCACAUAUGGAGGCGGAGGAAAGGGUUGUUCAACGGUAAAGAAGAUCAUCGCAUGCCACCAAGGGAUAUUGGAGGAUAUGAUAUUCUCAAUCAAUUGCAGAUGAUUGGGGAUGUUCAGUUUGGCAAAGCUCGUAGGAAGCGAAAACGUACUGCUGAAGAGCUGAACUGGACAAAGUGUAUAUUCUUCCAGUUGCCAUAUUGGUCAACACUUCAACUUCGGCAUAAUUUAGAUGUUAUGCAUAUUGAGAAAAAUAUCACCGAAAACAUCUUAUUCACUUUAAUGAACAGUCCAGGCAAAAGUAAGGAUAAUAUCAAUUCAAGGCGUGACCUUGAGAUAUUGGGCUACAGAAAAGAAUUACAUUUGAGGCGUGAAGGUGAUCAUGUAACAAUGCCACAUGCACUGUACACAUUACACGGAGAUGAAAGGCAUAAAUUUUGUGAGUGGCUGUUCGAUAUCAAAUUUCCAGAUGGGUUCUCUUCUAAUAUCUCGAAUUGUGUUUCUCUACGUGAUUACAAAAUAACUGGGUUAAAAAGCUACGAUUAUCAUGUUUUCCUUCAAAGACUACUCCCAAUUGCUGCUAUGGGGUUUUUAAGAAGUGACAUUGCCUUGGCUUUGAUUGAAUUUAGCACUUUUUUCAAAGAGUUGUGCGCUCGAACAUUGGAUGUGAAUCGCAUCUCCCAGCUCCAAACUGAUAUCGACACAAUUCAAUGCAAACUGGAGAUGAUAUUCCCUCCAUCCUUUUUUGAUAUCAUGGUCCACUUAGCUGUCCAUUUGCCUCGUGAGGCCAUACUUGGGGGUCCAGUACAAUAUAGAUGGAUGUACCCAUUUGAGAGAUAUCUCGAUGUUGAGAUGAAGUUCAAUCGAGCGGACCGCAACGUUGAUGCUGAAGAAGAGGAGACUAUAGAUGGAUUCAAAAUUUUCAACCAGAAAUUUCGUCCCUUGGGUACAGCUUCUAAUGUGCAAUUAGUUGAUAAACUCUUUGGCGCAGCCAUUUGGGAACACUAUGAGAAAUGUAAGGUGCAACACCUAAAUUCUUUCGAUCGCACGCAUCAAACUGACUUUCCAAAUUUGUUCAAGUACCGUAUCCAAGAACAUCGUACCAAUAAUCCAAAUGAUGUGUCCGCUGAUUUGUAUGCACUAGCUUGUGGGCCUGACCAUUGGGUUGCAUCAUAUGAUGCUUGCAUAAUAAAUGGAAAAAGGUUUCAUACAAAGCAGCGUCAACUUCGCCGGCAUACACAAAAUUCUAAGGUGUUGGUAACUUGGGACGAGGCCACAAAUAACGCAGACUUUUAUGGUAUUAUUAAGAAUAUUAUUGAGUUACGCUACAUGGAGUGGCGUCGGGUGUACCUAUUUGAAUGUGAUUGGUUUGACGUUGGUGACCGAAAACGAGGGGUACGAGUGGAUGACCAUAUGAUUAGUGUCAACAUGAAUAGGACUUGGAAUGUAUACAAUAUUCCUACAAUGUCGAGGAUUAUGGAAGAUAUUAAUGAUGGCGAAGUAAGUACUAAUGAGGCCGAUCAAGAAACUGAGUCAUCAUAUUAUUAUGAACCAGUGCAGUUUGAUAAUGUGGAUCCAGUGUCAACUCCACUGGAUAGGCUUGAUAUACCACCUAGCCAUAUUGAUGCACAAUAA